AUGACAACUUUUGCAAAAGCUACAUUCAAUGCUGCUUCUUAUUUGUCGGCGCGACCUCACUAUCCAGACUCUCUCUUCAAGCACAUCUUCUCGUACUUCCAGAAACACAACUCGGCUAUUAAAGGUACUCCUACCAAAUGUGUAGACAUAGGAUGUGGUCCAGGAGAGGCGACCUUGAAAUUGUCAGAGUAUUUUGAUAGUGCUAUUGGAAUUGACCCUGGUGCUGGAAUGAUCGAGUCGGCAACGAAGUCAGCAAGAAGUGCCGGAAAGUCAAGUGACCAGCUCAAUUAUAUUAUUGGGUCUGAUAAAACGUUUACAGAUAUAAUUCCUGAGAGCUCCGUUAAUAUUGUCACCGCUGCUCAAGCUAGUCAUUGGUUUGAUUUCCCGAAGUUUAUUGAGUCCUCAGCCAAGGUUCUCAAACCUAACGGCGUGCUAGCUGUCUGGGGGUACGUCGACCACGUUUUCGUAAACCAUCCAAAAGCGUCUGAGAUAAGUUUGGAGUAUAGUUAUGACAAGAAGUAUAUGGGACCAUAUUGGGAGCAACCUGGUCGUGGACGUUUAGCUAGUAUGCUUUCUGAGGCCGAAGGACAACUGCGUGCAAAUGACAAAUUCUCUGAUGUUGAAGUAAUUCGAGACGAAAGUAUCACUUUAAACCCAGGAUCAUUUUAUGAGAUGACUAGAACACUGCCGUUGAGAUCUGUUCACGCCUAUAUGAAGACGUUUAGUGCCUAUCAUGAAUGGAAAGCUCAACAUCCAGACGAACCCGAUGUAGUCGAUCUUUGCUUCGAAGCUAUUAAAAAGGCUGAGAACUGGACUGAUGACACUGAAGUUACUAUCAAAUGGGCUACAGUUUUAAUUAUGGCCUCUAAGAAAGCAUUGUAA